AUGCGCCGAAUUUGUCGUACGACGCCGCCAUCACACACACACGCGGUCGCGUGGGGAAAGUGCGGUCGGCGCGUAAAACCGUGUUUGUGCAGUGGCUCCGCGAUUAUUUAUAUGCAAAGUCGGGUUUCUGGUUUUGAUACUUAACAAGUGAAAAUGAGUUUGGAUCCAGCAAAGUUGAAGGUUGCUGAGUUGAAGGUGGAGUUGGAGCAGAGGGGUUUGGACACCAAGGGACUGAAGGCCGCGCUGGUCAAGCGUCUGCAAGAUGCACUAGACAGUGAGGUUCUCGCUGAUGAUGGAGGAGAAGGUGAGGAAGCCAAAGCUACUGAACCAUCUGAUGAUGAUCAGCUGGGGUCAUCAGAACCAGAUGAGUCUGGUGACCAACCUCAGCCAGAUGAGCAAGAUGAGCCUGAACCUGCAAAGGAGCCCACCCCAGAGCCCACCAAGGAGCUUAGCCCCGAGCCAGUGCUGGCCAGGGAGCCAAGUCCUGAGCCCAGCGAGCCGAGCCCAGAGCCAGAGCCAGUUGAGGCAGAAAGUGCAGCACCGGAGCCAGUUGAGGCUGAGAGUGCAGCACCGGAGCCAGUUGAGGCAGAAAGCUCAGCACCAGAGGCUGAGGAUCAGCCACCCGCAAAGAAAAUCAAGUCUGAGGAGGCUGGUGCUGAGCUAGAGCAAGCAAAUGCUUCUGAACCUAUGGAAUCAGAGCAGGCUGACAAUGGAGAUAUAGAAGAUAAGCCAAUGGCUGAUGCUCCAGAAACAAUCAAGGCUGAAGCAAAGGUGGAGGAGAUUCACCUGGAUGAUGACAAGGAGGCUGGGGGUGAUGGCCAGAAGAAUGCAACAGAUGGGUCUAGCCAGGGUGAUGAGGUUCAGAUAAUCAAGGAGGAGGAGAAGCGUGGCAUCAAGAGGGGUCGCUCCCCGGACAAACGAGAGGAGAAGAGACCGGCCACGCCGGUGCGCGUGGAGGAGAACGAGCCCGAGUUCGACCAGUCCAAGGUCGUGCUCGACUGGUACAACUCGGACCUCAGCCUGGUGAUCGACGCGGAGACGCGCUGCUCGGCCACGCCGCUCUCCACCGAAGGCUUCGGCUUCAUCUGGUCGGGCGCGCGCGCCACGCACGGCUUCAAGACGGGCCGCCUCUGCUUCGAGGCCAAGAUCACGAAGCACAACGGCGUGGGCCACCUGACGCAGGAGGCGAACCCGCACGUGCUGCGCGUCGGCUGGUCCCUGGACCGCUGCUCCAUGCAGCUCGGCGAGGAACCGUUCACCUACGGGUACGGUGGCACGGCCAAGUUCUCGACCAACCUCAAAUUCCAGGACUAUGGAAAGAAGUUCACUGAGGGAGACGUAGUUGGAGCCUAUCUUGACCUGGGCGAGGAGACCAUCAAGAUGUACUACACGGUGAACGGCGAGUACCAGGACCUGGCGUACGAGUUCCCGCGCUCCGAGCUCGGCGAGGACGCCGACGCCGCCGCGCUCUUCCCGCACGUGCUCUCCAAGAACUGCGCGCUGGCCGUCAACAUGGGUCAGCUGGAGGAGGCGUGGUUCCCGGCGCCGGCCGAACUCGAGGACUAUGUGUUCUGCCAGCAGGCGCCGGAGGAGGCGCGCGUGCGUGGCACCGUCGGGCCAACCAAGCGCCAGGACUGCACGAUGAUCAUGAUGGUGGGUCUGCCUGGCGCCGGCAAGACGACCUGGGCCAACAAGUACACCGAGGAUAACCCGGAGAUGAAGAUCAACAUUCUCGGCACCAACUGCCUUAUCGACAAAAUGAAGGUGAUGGGCCUGCCGCGCAAGAAGAACUACCACGGCCGCUGGGACCAGCUGAUUGCCAUGUGCACGCGCUGCCUCAACACGCUGCUGGACAUGGCGUGCAAGCGCCGCCGCAACUACAUCAUCGACCAGACCAAUGUAUACCAGUCGGCGCAGCGCCGCAAGAUGCGCAACUUCGCGGGGUUUAAGCGCCGGGCCGUGGUCAUCGUGCCCACGGACGAGGAAUUCAAGAAGAGGAUCGAAAAGCGCACCAGCGAGGAGGGCAAGGACGUGCCAGACUCGGCCGUGCUCGAGAUGAAGGCCGCCUUCAAGCUGCCAGACGUGGGCGACUACCUGGACGAGGUAGAGUUCCUGGAGGAGCAGCGCGAGGCCGCCCAGAAGCUGGUGGACACGUACGCCAAGGAGGCGCGCGACGCCGGGUACCUGCCGCCCUGGGAGAAGAAGGGCCGCUACGACAACCGCAACAGCGGCGGCGGCGACCGCUUCCGCAACAACUGGGGCCACCGUGACCGCGCCGGCGGGCCGCGCUACGACCGCGACGGCCGGCCGGGCGGCUGGCGGGACGGGCCGCGCGCCGGCGGCGGCGGCAACUGGCGCGACAACCGCGCGCGCGGCGGCGGCGGCGACCGCGACCGG